CUCCCUCAGGCCAGGACGCUGAGAUACGGCGUAGCAGGGCCCAUAUAUACCAUAAUUCAAAGGGCCGAAAACUGCUACGUCGUACCGAUUGGCCCUCCCUCGACGCAGUACGUCGAGACGCAAGAAUGUAUUGAGGAAAUGAGGCAAUACGAAGCCGAGGACAUCGACGUGAGUAAUAUUGAAUGA